AUGAAACAAUUAACUUCACUUAAUAUUAAUUAUAAUAAUAUUGGUGAUGAAGGUGUAAAAUUAAUAAGUGAAAUGAAACAAUUAACUUCACUUAAUAUUAAUUAUAAUAAUAUUGGUGUUGAAGGUGCCAAAUAUAUUAGUGAAAUGAAACAAUUAACUUCACUUGAUAUUAGUGAUAAUAAUAUUGGUGUUGAAGGUGUAAAAUUAAUAAGUGAAAUGAAACAAUUAACUUCACUUAAUAUACGUAUAAAUGAGAUUGGUGUUGAAGGUGCCAAAUAUAUUAGUGAAAUGAAACAAUUAACUUCACUUGAUAUUAAUUGUAAUAAUAUUGGUGUUGAAGGUGCCAAAUAUAUUAGUGAAAUGAAACAAUUAACUUCACUUGAUAUUAGUGAUAAUAAUAUUGGUGUUGAAGGUGUGAGAUUAAUAAGUGACAACGAUAACAUAUUAUCUUCUACUUAA